AUGGCGUCAGGUUACUCCUCUCCUGUCAGCAGCAAUGGUAACUCCUCGCGGAUCUUCUCUCCUCGCUUCUGUUUCUUAUUCAUCUUUUGUUGAUGGUGCCUCUACGCGUCGUGUUUAUUUGAAUAUGUGUACGAUCGGUCUUCAGGAGGACCAUCGUCCCCCGAUGAAACCUCGUUUUCAACCCCACCGAUUGCGAACACCAAUUCCUCUCCGAUCCCGCGAUCCAAUGGUGGGAGUGUUCGGAGCACCAGUCGGAGGCAGCAGCGCAGCGACUCGUCCACGCCUGGGCGACGCCCGCCUCAGCAUACUUCCUCGGAUGGAGGAUUCUCCACACCAUCCAGCGCUCGACGGAACGCGAGGUUCCCGAGGCCGUCCCCGGGGAUGUCCACACCGAGGACCACGUCAGCUGCUACUCCUACAUCGACUGACGACGUUGCUCCGUCAUCGGAGGCUGGGGAUGAUGAGCCAGAAGAUGCCACUCCCGUAUUUGUUUGGGGGACUAACAUCAGUGUGCAGGACGUGAAUGCGGCAAUCCUCCGAUUCCUGAGGCACUUUAGAGAUCAGCACUCCCACAUUGACGGGAAGUACAUGAGGGCUCUCCACCGUAUCCUCGAGCUGGAUGGAGGCUCUGGAUCUCUGGAUGUGGACGCCCAGGACGUGUUCGACUACGACCCUGACCUCUAUAAUAAGAUGGUGAGAUAUCCACUGGAGGUGCUGGCCAUAUUUGAUAUUGUGCUCAUGGACAUGGUGGCGCGCAUCAACCCACUCUUCGAGAAGCACAUACAGACUCGCGUCUUCCACCUCAAAUCAUCCGUCUCCAUGAGAAAUCUAAAUCCUUCUGGUACAAUCGAUCUCGGUUUUUAUUUUCCCCUUUCUACUGUAGUCGGCACGCCGUUGCACGCAAUUAGGUUGUUCUGGUUUCUUUUUCAGACAUCGAGAAGAUGGUGUCAGUGAAAGGGAUGAUAAUUCGCUGCAGCUCUGUCAUACCAGACAUUAAAGAAGCCGUGUUCCAAUGUCUCAUAUGUGGCCAUUUCUCUGAUCCAGUCCUCGUUGACAGAGGUACGCGGCAUUGAGUCAUGAGACUGUUCGAAAUUAAUUUGUACUCCUAACUAGCUUCCUAACUUGAAUUGGGGUAACCAAAGAAACUUCUAAGACGGAAGUUUACGAAAAGGGACCUUAGACCUACCUCAAUUCCCGAAUACUGCUUAUGAUGCAAUAGUUAGUCAGAACUCACUGACUUAAGCUUAUUGUUUUUCAGGCCGCAUUAAUGAGCCCACAAGAUGUUUAAGAGAAGAAUGCCUAACAUUAAAUUCUAUGACAUUGGUUCACAACAGAUGCAGGUACUGAUUCAUAAUUUCGUGGGGGCUGGAGGGGUAGCGUAUCGUCAAUUGAAUUCCCUGACAUAACAGCUUGAUGUUGUUUGUUGUGACAACCUAGGUUUGCCGAUAAGCAGAUUGUGAAACUCCAGGAGACACCUGACGAGAUCCCAGAUGGAGGGACCCCGCACACCGUCAGCAUUCUGAUGCAUGAUAAACUCGUGGAUAUAGGAAAGCCUGGUGAUAGAGUUGAGGUUAGUGAGUGCUAAUGUGCUUUGUUGUGUUAGAUUCUUAUCCUACUUUGUCAUCUGGUCGCCAUUUUCGUCCCUACAAAUAACUUAGAUGCGGUCUUUAUCGUUUUGUGGUCAUAUUGUCAUUGUCUCAUUGUGAUUCCUUAAGACAGGUGACUGGAGUAUACAGAGCUAUGAGUGUUAGAGUAGGAGCAACUCAGAGAACUGUAAAAUCCCUGUUUAAGGUAGGCUUCACUGCUCAUGAACGUUAUCUCUGUUUAUUUGUUGAUUCCAGUGGACACGGUGAUCCGUGGCAAACAGAAUUCAAACAUUUGGUUUCUCCUUGUGAUGUCAGACAUAUAUCGAUUGCCUUCACCUAAAGAAGACGGGAAAGUCAAGGAUGCAAGUUGAGGAUCAAUUCGAAUGUGAUAGCUUUUCAGCUGGAAUGGCUGAACGCAAUGAUGGCCCCUCAGACAACAAAGAGAAAGUAAUAACAUUUUACCAUCCUUCACGUUAACGUUUAAUGUCAUCUUUAUCAAGAAAGCUUGCAUCAUUUAGGUGGAACGAUUAAAAGAGCUUGCGAAGCAGCCUGAUAUAUACGACAGAUUGACCAAGUCCUUGGCGCCGAACAUAUGGGAGCUGGACGAUGUAAAGAAGGGUCUUCUUUGCCAAGUAUGCAGGGAACAUUAUCUCUUACUUUUCCAUGGCUUCACUUGUGAUCUGCAGAAGAAUAAUGCAACAGUUGCAUUUUUACUCUUCAUCAUCCGUUCUGUCUCCGUGAUUUGAGUUCGUGUAUGAACACUUUCAGAUAGUGUAAUAUUUGCGUCUAUGCCGUAAUUCUUAUAUUUUUUACACGCUUGUUUUAGCUUUUUGGUGGGAAUGCUCUGAAGUUGGCUUCUGGGGCUGCAUUUCGUGGUGACAUAAAUAUCCUUCUCGUUGGAGAUCCGGGUACGAGCAAGUCUCAACUUCUUCAGUAUAUGCACAAGCUGUCACCUCGAGGCAUUUACACCAGCGGUAGAGGGAGUUCUGCUGUGGGACUGACUGCUUAUGUUACAAAGGAUCCAGAGACUGGCGAGACUGUAAGAUAAUAACUGACUAACGAUUUUUUCCAAUUGACCUUCAAUGCUCGAUUUUGCAUUUAAACCUCUUUAACAAUAUCAUUUCGCUAAAAAAAAUUUCAGGUUCUAGAAAGUGGGGCGUUGGUCUUGAGUGAUAGAGGUAUUUGUUGCAUAGAUGAGUUUGACAAGAUGUCUGACAAUGCACGCAGCAUGCUACAUGAGGUCUUCUCUUUCUGAGUACAUUUACAUAGAAAUAUGUAGCUGCAUAGAUCUUUCCAGAUAGUUCGAGAAAUCCAGUCAUUUUAUGGAAUCCUCAGAUCUUCCCAGAAAAUCACUUAUUCAAAUUUGUUUCGGUAUGUAGGUGAUGGAACAACAAACAGUUUCCAUUGCAAAGGCUGGAAUUAUUGCUUCAUUAAAUGCUAGGACGUCAGUCUUGGCCUGUGCAAAUCCCAGUGGAUCACGAUACAACCCUCGUCUCUCUGUGAUUGACAACAUCCACCUUCCUCCGACCUUGCUUUCCAGGUUUAAUUUUUGCAAAGAAGAAAGGACCCCAUCUGUAACCCAUCUUUGUCUCACCUCACAAUCAUCUCCUUUAUGUUCAGGUUUGAUCUCAUUUACUUGAUUCUGGAUAAGGCUGAUGAGCAGACCGACAGGCGGCUCGCCAAGCAUAUUGUGGCCUUACAUUUCGAAAACCCAGAGGUCAGAAGCUUUCACCGACUUUGCUUUUAUCUAGUUAACAAGCCUUCCUAGUCACCCCGUGUACUGGCGAUUCAACGGAAGACCACACGGCGUACUUAUAAAGCUAGCCAUUUUUCUGUGUUUGAAAAGAGAAAAGUAACGAUUAUCUUCGAAGGUUAUGGGCACAAAUUAAUGAUAUCACAUUCCGAAUGCGUAAACUUUACAAUCCGAUGUUUAAUCUGAUCUAAUUCUACUGAAUUUCACCCCGUGCAGACUACAGUGCAAGAUGUUCUGGACGUUCCUACUUUAACAGCAUACAUCAGCUAUGCUCAGAAGCACAUUCAUCCUCAGCUGACCGACGAGGCUGCCGAAUUAUUGACGCGCGGCUAUGUUGAAAUGAGGAGAAAGGGAAAUUUUGCAGGAAGCAGUAAGAAGGUAGUGGGAUUAAAAGCACAACCCUGAAGAUCCACGUCCUUCGUCUGCGAAAAUGGAAAAUGCCCUUAUAAUAAAUAAUACGAGCAUUUCUGUUUUAAUUCUCACAGGUGAUAACAGCGACCCCAAGACAGAUUGAAAGCGUGAUACGCCUCAGCGAAGCCUUGGCUCGGAUUCGGUUCUCAGAACGGGUAAAAAAAUUCAUUAUUUUUUCCAAAAAUUAUAUAUAUAUAUAUUAUAUUAAUUUGAUUUUUUAUUUUGCAGGUGGAAGAACAGGAUGUGGUGGAGGCAUUCAGAUUGCUGGAAGUAGCCAUGCAACAGUCGGCCACCGACCACGCCACAGGUUCAGUCGACAACACUCGGUUGCACCGUGCUCUUCGUCUCUCGGCCUUGGGAGGCUAAUGUCUGUUGCAACAGGGACCAUCGACAUGGAUCUGAUCACCACGGGGGUCUCCGCAAGUGAGAGAAUCAGACGGGAGAACAUACUGACGGCGGUGAGGAACCACGUGCUGGAGAAGAUGCAAAUCGGAGGGCCCUCCGCUCACCUAAUGGAAGUAAGUCCCGACUCCCAUCUCGAUCUUCCCCUUAACAGCCUCCCCUUGGAACGUUUAGAUCAAACGACUCAGCACCGCGCUAUUGACGCAGUUGCUCGAAGAGCUGAAGAAACAAGCUUCUUUGGAGGUCCACCUCAACGAUGUAAGGAUCUCCGUUCUAACUGGGCUUUAUUUAUUUAUUUAUUUAUUUACUUAAUCUGGGGGUCUGCCAGCUGCGCCACGCCAUUGCGACGCUGAUGAGCGAGGGGCUUGUUCUUCUUCACGGCGACAAGGUGAAGAGGGUGUGA